AUGCUUCCCACCAAUGGCACCGCCGUGACGGAAUUCAUACUCCUGGGGUUCCCCAGCCCCCCUUCGAUUCAGAUGGUCCUCUUCCUCACCUUCACGGCGCUGUACGGGAUGAUCCUGCUCGGGAACAUCGGGCUGAUGGUGCUGAUUCGGGCUCAUCCUCGCCUUCACACCCCCAUGUACUUCUUCCUCAGUAACUUGUCCUUUGUCGAUCUCUGCUACUCCUCCGUCAUCGUGCCGAAGAUGCUGGCCAACUUCCUGUUGGACAGACAGGCCAUUUCGUACGCCGGCUGCGGGCUGCAGUUUUACUUCUUCUGCACCUUCGCUGACACGGAGGUCUGCAUGCUGCUGGUGGCUCUGUCCUACAUAGGGGGCACACUGAGCGCGCUGGUGCACACCUGCUUUGCCUUCAGACUGUCCUUCUGUGGACCCAACGUCAUCAACCACUUCUUUUGUGACCUCCCUCUGCUCCUCAAGCUCUCAUGCUCCGACACCUCCCUCAAUGAGCUUCUGCUCUACACCUAUGGCAGCUCCGUGGAAAUCAUCUCUGCCAUCAUCAUCCUCAUCUCCUACCUCUUCAUUGUCAUCUCCGUCCUGAGGAUGCGCUCCGCGGAAGCCAGGCGCAAAACCUUCUCCACCUGUGCCUCCCACCUGACGUCUGUCAUCAUCUACGAGGGGACUUUGCUCUUCAUCUACUCCCGCCCCAGCUCCUGGUACUCACCCACCUCGGACAAAUACAUCUCUGUCUUCUACACCAUCGUGAUCCCUGUGCUCAACCCCCUGAUCUACAGCCUGCGAAACAAGGACGUGAAAGAGGCUCUGAGGAGAGCCAUAGACGCCAAAGUCCUUGCUCAGUCAAUCUCUUGA